UGUAUCACGUCUCUGUGCCUCAUUAUUGCCAGAUGUUAUGCAAGCUCUAGGUUUCUUUCCUUACAUGUUUUUAAUGUUUUUUUUUGUUUGUUUGUUUUUUGUUUUUUCCAGAAACAGGUUUAUGUGUUUUGUGUUUAUCCAGAGAAGUGACCGUUUUUAUCCAGUAGGGGGCGGGAAACCAGCAAUCAACCUGCUGAAGAAGAAGUUUAUUUCCGGCUAAACAGAGUCCCCUAUUGGUUGAAACACUCUUGGCUUUUGUAACACACUUACGCAAAAUAUUUUGUAACUGUUUGAUGCUGUUGUAGCGACCUUUUUAGUUUGGUUUGCUGGUAGUGGGUCGGGUACAUCUUGUAGGAAACGUAAAGCCGCUUCUCGCAGCUUCUUCCCCGGCACUGGCAGCAGGAUGUCUCCGGUGCCCAAAGUGAGACUGUCCGGAGGUCUGGAGAUCUGCCGGGUUCUGAAUGGAAUGUGGCAGGUGUCCGGGGCGCACGGAGCAGUAGAUCAAGCCCAAGCAGUUGAGGCCAUGCAGGCCUACGUAGACGCUGGUCUGACCACAUUUGACAUGGCAGACAUUUAUGGGCCUGCAGAGGAAAUAUUUGGACAGUUCAACGGCCAGCGGAAGUGCAAAUCCUCUGGGAAUGACAUCCCAGCUCUGCAGAGUCUGACCAAAUAUGUGCCAAGACCAGGACCAAUGGACCGCAAGGUGGUGGAGAAGGCGCUGCAACGCUCCAUGACCCGCAUGCAGGUGGACAGUCUGGACUGUGUUCAGUUCCACUGGUGGGACUAUAGAGACAAAAGAUACCUGGAUGCACUGGGACACCUCUCCGACCUGCAGCAGGAGGGACUUAUACGAGAGCUCGCCCUCACUAACUUUGACACACAGAGGCUGGAGGAGAUUACCAACAGAGGCAUCCGCAUCUCAAGCAACCAGGUUCAGUACUCUGUGAUUGACCAGCGACCCGCAGCGAAGAUGGAGCAGUUCUGUCUGGCUAACAACAUUCAGCUCCUUACUUAUGGCACUCUGGCUGGAGGUCUACUGUCAGAGCGUUAUCUGGGGAAGGCGGAGCCUAAUUCAAGGGCGGAGCUCUACACCGCCUCCCUCUCUAAGUACAAGAACAUGAUCAACACUUGGGGUGGCUGGAGCCUUUUCCAGGACCUCCUUGUUACCUUGGAGGCCACUGCCAAGAGACACGACUGCUCAGUGGCCAGCGUGGCAACGCGUUAUGUGCUGGAUUGCCCUGCGGUGGGCGGGGUCAUUGUGGGCUGUCGGCUAGGCAUCACAGGGGCAGGGCAACACAUCAGUGACAGUCUGCGUAGCUGCAACCCUGACCUGAAGCUGACAGCAGAAGAUCUCACCGCCAUUGACGCAGUGGCACGGCGUUCCAGGGACCUCAUGGCACUCAUCGGGGACUGCGGGAUGAGUACCGAAGCUGAAGGGGGGGCUGGCUGACUGGAUGUGACAGAUGGGGUGAGGAGGAGUAAAGUAAGAGAAACAUGAAACGUCUCAGACAGAACAGCCCCAUAGUAAAAAAAAUAAAUAAAUAAAUUAAAUGCAACUGCUGAUGAAAAUCAUUACAAUUCUUUCCUGAAAUAUUUGCUGAUUUUGAUCCAUAUUUGUUUCUGCACACAAAGACUGUAGCUGCUGUUCUGUUAUACAUUAUAAAACACUUUUCUCCUGCAGCGCAUUCUUACACUGCUUAAGUGCUUUUUAAUGUGGGAGAGAAGCUUUUCCUUCAGGCUUGAAUACAGUUGCACUGCACUGCACAAACACACAGUAAUCAGUGUUUAAGUGUCUAGUAAGUCUUUUAGUUACAGAAUUAAGAGAAUGUUCAGUGUCUCUCCUCAGUUGUCUUAACUAUAAUUUUAGGCUUUUUGCUACAAUAUAAUUCUAUAUUAUGUACAUAAUAAGAUAUGGUGUCAAAUUAAUGGAAUUUUGAGCUUUUCUAGUUCGAGUUGAAUUUAAUGUUCAAGCUGAAUUAAAAUCACUUGUUUAGUUUU